CUGCCCUUAGUGCAGGUCUACUAGUAGAGGCUAUUGUUAUUGAUUAAAGGAAAGACUUGAUUAAAGGGGUAUAGGCCCCUGUACAUUGCUCGAAAGAGUGAAGGUCACAUUUUGCCUGACUAAGAGAUUAGUGUCCCUUGCAGCUGCCCAGAAAAUGGGAAGCAGCUGCCCCGGGGUACCCGGGCUUGCAUUCAUCCUCCUGCUGGUUUUGCCCCCUCUGCUGCCAAGCAGUGGGGCAUACCAGCACAGAGCCCCAACCUGGCUAGAUUUCCACCACCUUAGUCGGGCCAGGAGAAAACUGCACAGCAACAUCAACCUGGAUGGGGAGAGCACCAGCCAGGGCCACAGCCAUGAAAACGGGACCAUGCAGAAGCGGGCAGUUACCAGUAAAUCCUGCCAGAGCAAUCUUGACCUCUAUUUUAUCAUAGACAAGUCAGGAAGUGUGGACACCAACUGGAUACAUGUAUAUGGCUUCGUAGAGGAUUUCCUCAAAAAAUUUGACAACCCAAACAUGCGGGUCUCAAUCGUCACCUACUCCACACAGGGCGACACCGUCCUAAAGCUCACCUCGGACAAAAAAGAAAUCAAAGACGGUCUCAAUAGACUACGCAACACAGUGCCUACCGGAGCCACAAACAUGCAGGAAGGAUUUAAAGCGGUCAAUGAGCAGAUCGCCAACGCAAACUCUGGAGGAGAGAAGGUUCACUCCAUGGUUAUCUCCCUGACUGAUGGAGCACUGACGCCAGAGGCCUUUCAGGAAACCAAGAACGAAGCUCGGCUGACUCGACAAAUGGGAGGGACUGUUUACGCUUUAGGUGUAAACACCUACAGGAAAUAUCAGCUCAUGGAUAUUGCGGACAGCAGGAAGCACGUGUUUGGUGUGGACACUGGAUUUGCUGAUCUCAGGAACGUCGCUGACUUCAUCGCAGAUAUGUCCUGCAUUGAAGUCACAAAAAUGGAACCGACCGAGUACUGUAUGGGAGAAAACUUUGAUGUAACCAUCCUUGGAAGAGGUUUUCAUAACACCAAAAACAUAAACCAAGUUCUUUGCAGAAUUAAGAUAAAUGACAACAGAUUUUUUGAUAUAAAAGCCACCCAGGUGGAAGACACCAGCAUAAAGUGUCCGGGAGCCAAGAUAGAGGAAGCAGCCAACAAUAUCUCUGUUGAAGUGAGCCUGAACAACGGUGCCAGCUUCAUCAGCAACGGGCUCAAGAUCAACAUCAAGGACUGUGGGGGUGACAAGAAUGUGGGAGUGAACUAUUCAGUAUCAACAACGACAGUGAAAACUCCAGUAUCAACAACAGUGAAAACUCCAGUAUCAACAACGCCAGUGAAAACUACAGUAUCAACGACAGUGAAAACUCCAGUAUCAACAACGCCUGUGAACUAUCCAGAUGCAACAAUGGCAGUUCCCGAAAAAGGAACAAACAUUCAGUUUCCCGAUAUCAACUUUUAUCAUUUGUUAAUGGUCGUAGGAAUAAUUUUAAUACCGCUGGUGAUCUGGUUGCUGUGGAGAUAUUUUUUCGAAAAGGAAACCUGUUCAACAUCAUGCCCUAUGGUGCUGGUCCUUUGUGGUGCGCACAGAGAUCAAAACGUAAAACACCAAGAGAGAAAACUGGAAAGUUGUUGCACAAUUUUCAACGCUGCAACCCAGGCCCACUGAUGAGAUGUUAGCCCAGGCACAAGUGGUAGUGCCCGAACUCCAGCCCACUCGGUCCUGAUGUGAGAAGAUGCCCGGCUACCCACUUUCCUGCCCACAACCCAGCCUCCUCAACAGCUGCUGCUAUGAGUGCCAACGCACCCCAUCCCGGCCCCCACCACUCGUCUGUUCCCUCUGCCAUCCGGAUGCUCCAAUGAUCCCUGCCCCUGUGGGAAUAUUCGGUGGAGUCCUUUGCCCCUCCCACCCCCAUAGCCCAGCCUCUAAAUCACCAAAACCCCAAAUUAAAAAGAGCCCUUUAUGUGCUGA